AAAGUGGAUGUCUUUCUGACCUAUUUUCACAUUUCAGUAAUUUAAUUAGUAUGAAGCCUAAUCUCAUUUUCCGUAGGAAGUUUAUGAGCUUAUUCCUUAGAAAUAUCUAAUUAAAAAGUAUGAACCCUAAAAGUCUUGAAGCAAGAAAUCGUGAUGAUAAUCCGUUUAAAGGACUUAAAAUAUCGAAUUCAAGUACAUUAGAUGGUGUAAGCAAUCGUAGCCCAUGCCCACGUUGUGGUAAAUCCCGAAUGUAUUUUUGCUAUACAUGCUUUGUUCCCGUGUCCUGUUUAGAAGGUCGCAUUCCGAUAUGUAGUCUGCCAAUAAAAGUUGAUAUAAUCAAACACAAACGUGAAAUAGACGGUAAAAGCACCGCAGCCCAUGCCGCUGUCUUAGCGCCUGGUGAUGUUAAUGUCUAUACAUAUCCUGAAAUACCAGAAUAUGUAAUAGAUGGGAGAACAGUUUUGUUAUAUCCAGGAACAGAAGCUCGCACUGUUAAAGAGUUGUUUACGGGUAAAUGCAACUCUCAGACUUACACUGAAAAUGUUUUAGCUCAAUUGCCUUCUGGAUAUAAUGUUGGUACUUUGAUGACAAAAAUCUUCAGUCAUAAUAAUGGUAAUAAUGAAAUAUAUCAUGCAGAAGAAUUACCAAUUAAUCGGUUAGUUUUAAUUGAUAGUACAUGGAAUCAGAGUCGAGGAAUAUUUGCAGAUAAAAGAUUACAAAAAAUACCUCAAAUUGUUUUACAAAAUAGAAUAUCUCAGUUUUGGCGCCAUCAAAAGGGAAGUCCCAGAUGGUAUCUUUCAACAAUUGAAGCAUUGCAUCAGUUAUUAUUGGAGUUACAUAUGAGUGCUUGGGGUCGUAGUAUACUCUAUGAAAAUGAACUUACUAAACAUUUUCCAAUACACACACAAGAAAACCAUACUUUAUGCAAACCAUAUGAUGGACAAUAUGACAACCUUUUAUAUUUUUUCAAAUAUAUGUAUGAAAAAUUACACACUUUAUAUAAACAUGAUGAUCUACUGGCUUACAAAAGACCCAUGGAAAUAUAAUGUAAAAUUUCACUAUA